GCAGUGCGCGCCUGCGCUAGCCCUCACCCCGGAGCAGCCAUGAUGGAAGGCCUGGACGACGGCCCCGACUUCCUCUCUGAGGAAGACCGCGGACUUAAAGCAAUAAAUGUAGAUCUUCAAAGUGAUGCCGCCCUGCAGGUUGACAUUUCCGAUGCCCUUAGUGAGAGAGACAAAGUAAAAUUCACAGUGCACACAAAGAGUUCGUUGCCAAAUUUUAAACAGAAUGAGUUUUCUGUUGUUCGACAACAUGAGGAAUUUAUUUGGCUUCAUGAUUCCUUCGUUGAAAAUGAAGACUAUGCAGGUUACAUAAUCCCACCAGCACCACCGAGACCUGAUUUUGAUGCUUCACGGGAAAAACUGCAGAAACUUGGAGAAGGAGAAGGGUCAAUGACAAAGGAAGAAUUCACAAAGAUGAAGCAAGAACUGGAAGCUGAAUAUUUGGCAAUAUUUAAGAAGACAGUUGCAAUGCAUGAAGUGUUCCUAUGUCGGGUGGCAGCACAUCCUAUUCUGAGAAAAGAUUUAAAUUUCCAUGUCUUCUUGGAAUAUAAUCAAGAUUUGAGUGUUCGAGGUAAAAAUAAAAAGGAGAAACUUGAAGAUUUCUUUAAAAACAUGGUUAAGUCAGCAGAUGGAGUAAUUGUUUCUGGAGUAAAGGAUGUAGAUGAUUUCUUUGAGCAUGAACGAACAUUUCUUUUAGAAUAUCAUAACCGGGUUAAGGAUGCAUCGGCUAAAUCUGACAAGAUGACAAGAUCCCACAAAAGUGCUGCAGAUGAUUACAAUAGAAUUGGUUCAUCAUUAUAUGCUUUAGGAACUCAGGAUUCUACAGAUAUAUGCAAGUUUUUCCUCAAAGUUUCAGAACUGUUUGAUAAAACCAGAAAGAUAGAAGCACGAGUGUCUGCUGACGAGGACCUCAAACUUUCUGAUCUUUUGAAGUACUACUUGAGAGAAUCUCAAGCAGCUAAGGAUCUCCUCUAUCGAAGAUCCAGGUCACUAGUAGAUUAUGAAAAUGCUAAUAAAGCACUGGAUAAAGCAAGAGCAAAAAAUAAAGAUGUUCUCCAAGCUGAAACUUCCCAACAAUUAUGCUGUCAGAAAUUUGAAAAAAUAUCUGAAUCUGCAAAGCAAGAACUUAUAGAUUUUAAGACAAGAAGAGUUGCUGCAUUCAGGAAAAAUUUAGUGGAACUUGCAGAAUUGGAACUGAAACAUGCAAAGGGUAACCUACAGUUGCUGCAGAACUGCCUGGCAGUGUUAAAUGGAGAUACAUAAGGCAUAUUCUGCCUUCCUAUUCAAAAGGGCUGCCUUUCUUCCAAUUUUAUUUUUGUUUUCUUAAUACUGUUAGGCAUAUAUGCUCACUGGAAACAACAAAAACGCAGCUGAAAAGUGCAUAUACUCUUCUUUCUCUGAAAAAGUCCAUAAGGGAGCAACGCUGCCACGCCCAGGUAAUGCCAGUCUGUGGUGUGGCCCUGCUUUGUCUUCCCAGGGACAGUUGUCCGUCUUCAUGCACUUGGCCUACUCAAAAGCCCCAAGUUCAGUCUUUUUAAAGUAGCUUCCAUAACUAUCUUUAUUUUACAAAUAGUAUUCCUUAUGGCUGCCAAUCUUAUUAAAAUUAAUGAACAUUUCUUAGAUGUUUUGGGACAAACUUUAUGUAUCUUUAUAAGUAUGAUUCUGAAGGAAAGCAAAUGCAUUAGUAUGUUUGCCUUAAACUUGUAGACUAAACCAAUUCCUAUAAAAUAACCAGCGGUAACAGUGAUCGUUCUCGCUCUGUGGUCAUGGUAUCACGCUCUGGAAUCUAGAGUGGCUGUAAUAAACCGACUCCUGUCUUAUGCUUCACAGUGCAGGUUUUAGUUUCUCUUCUUUCUUACUUUUAAAAUGACACCUUGAACUGAGUUCACCAGUCCCUCCACAAAAGAAGGAACUGCUCCUCUGUGUAUGCUUCAUAGAAGAUGGAAUCGCACGGGGGCAGGUGAGAGAAAGCUGUAUCUGGAGCAAGGAGCAGACAGUAGGCAGUCCAUUGAGUGUCCCAGAUUCCGUCCCUAGCCCAGUGAGUCACAUAUGAGAUAGAUGCCAUUCAUCCACCUGGUAGUUGCCAUGCCAGCACACAGAUUGGUAUGUAGAGGGAAGGAGGUCUGCUGAAAGGAACAGCACUUACCUGUAGGGUAAAAGUAGUACAAUAUUUUGAAUGAAAAUUGGUGUACAGUAGGAUACUAUGUACCAGCAGUUACCUGACGAAUGGUACUGGCCUUUCUAAUGUGAAUGAACAUUAUUGUCAUUCCUGGUUUAAAGUUUGAUUGAGUGGUUGGAUUUUUUUUCACACUUUUUCUAACUUUUCUCCCAUUGGGAAACCAUAGGCAUGUGGGUUGGUCACCCCUGGGAUGGUUCCUAACUUGUUUACAUUGUCCAAAGCCACUCUGAAGAAGGCCUGAUCUCAGGCUCAUUGCCGCUGUGGUGAUGCCAGCAUUUUUUCAACAGCGUGUACUCUUGGCAUCCUCAUUCAUGUGCUGGUUAAUGUUGCAUCUCAAUGGACAUGUUCCACAAUGCUGUCUGAACUGUUGAUGUUUCUGUUGGCUGACACAUCUGUGUGUUUUGUCUUUCGUGUAAUCUCAACUGAUAAAAGUAUGCCCUGGUGAAGUCCAGCAGUGAGAGAACCCAGGACUGGGGCCUAGCUACUGGAUUCAGACCCAGCCCCCUCACUCAUUGCCUCUGUGGCCUCAAGCCAGGUUUGAGCAAGUUUGCUUGACUUCUGCCUCAGUUCUCUACUACAAAGGACACGUUGACCUACCUCACAGGGAUGUUGUGAGGAUUAAUAAAUGUUGGUAUCAUGCUUUGGAAAA